AUGUUCCUGCAGGGCAGAGCCAAGGUGAGACAGCAGACUGCAGAGAUGGGAGACCUGCGCACGAGCACGAGACUUUGGGAGUUUGGUACGGCACGAGGGCGAAUCCGGAGGCAAGGCGGCUUCGGCCUUCGAUAUUUGGACCCCGAAUUCCGAAUUGCGAAGGUGGCGCCUGCUGGCAAGUACUAUAUUACCCGAUCGUCUGUCCCAUCAUCUCCGCAUCCUCCCUCCCCUCCUCCCGACUCCCGUCGACGUUCACGACGACGAGCACGAGCUUCCUCUCGACUAGCAGGCUCUAGACUUGUCGUGUUCCCCCCCUCUUCCCCUCAUCCGGGUCAUUGUAUAUUCAUCCUGGCUUCUUCCUGGUCAGACUACGAUCCGAACAUGGCUGCUGCUCAACCCAUCGCUUUCCCAUCUUCGGACAACAACGAUAUCUUCAUGGGCACUGGCUCCUUCACCGGCCAGCAAGGUUCCCUUAAUCCUGCAUCCUACACCCGUCGCUUCCUGGGUUCUCCAAUAUCAUGGCGCGCGGGCUCCUUCGGCAGCCGGUUCUAUCCUGGCGUGUCACCCGGACAGCUCUUGGGGCCACUAGAUCCGAAUGAGUUCAAAUUCGGAAGAAUGUCCUCGUCUAUAGAAAGCGAUCACGGUUCCAUUGUGAACGCCUUCAGUGCAUUCGAACGCCAGGACGAGCUGUGUCGUGAUUAUCAAUGCUGUGGCUUGAACCUGACGGACUUACACGCCCUCGUGGAACACUUCGAGGAGUGCCACGUCGUGGUUGUGGAUCCGUAUGCUCCGCAAGUGCCGAUGACUCCUGUCGCGCCACAGCCCCAAGCUUCGUACCUCUCUGAAGCCCGUGGCGUUCCAGCGCCGAUGUACCAUCAGGGUUCCUUCGAUCCUGACGACAUGGAGCUCGACAUGGACCACGCUAGCGCUCCGUCGUCGGGAGCCCCCUCUCCACCAGACACUCCAAUCUCGACGCCACUCUCUGCCUAUCCAAGCUCGUCGAUGUACGGUGGCUCUGCCCCAGCAUCCACAUGCUCGUCACCGCAUCCCGCGCCGAUCUCGGCGUUCGACACGACCACUGUUCUCCCGUCACGCUCGGGACAUUCUUCGCUUGCUGUCGCAUUUUCGCCUGCUAUGCGUUCCUCGAUUACCGGUCAGGAACCGUUCAACGCGUACGCGUAUUCUGAUUAUUCGACCCUCUUGCCAGGUGCACACGCACCUUCUGCUAUGCCCACCACCUCGGCCUCGCAAGACUCCUCGCAGUCGGAUCCUAACCAUUACGGCAUGCGCUCAACGUGCUUACCCCCGGCUCUUCUCUUGAAUGACAGCACGGGAUCGACCCCUGACAGCACGCCGGCCUCUUCACGCGUCACCUCGCCGGCCCCCGCUACCUCGACGUUCCGCAGCGCAGCGCAGCCGUCCACGUCAACAUCGACAGCGACUGCCAACCAGACUGCGCGCGCAAGUACUACGUUGUCGCGCCCUGCUACGUCUCUGCUCCUUUCCAAGCCCUUCCGGUGUCCGAAGCCAAACUGCAACAAGUCGUACAAGCAGGCGAACGGUCUCAAGUACCACAUGACGCACGGGUCCUGUAACUUUGCGCCGCCGAAGGACCUCGAGCAUAUACAGGCUUUGCUCGCGUCGAAGCGCAAGGAUCAGGAUGGCGAGGUUAUUAGCGAUGCGGAGCUGCGCGAGGUUGAGAAGGAGGCCGAACGGAGAUUACGGCCGUACGCGUGCGGUAUCGGCGAGUGUCAGAGGCGGUACAAGAACAUGAAUGGUCUCAGAUAUCAUUACCAGCACUCCGGCGACCACGGCGCGAUCGGGCUGGCACUGCUCGCGAGCGGACAGCAUGAGUGUCUGCAGCACAACAAGUCGCAUUCCACUCACUCUUCACGGCACUCGACGCCGUCUAUGGCCUCUGCUUCGAACACGUCAUCGCCUCUUGCUACGCCAUCGAUAUCGCGGGCUCCCUCUGCGACCAGUUACGUUACGGCGUCCGUGCUCCCGCCAUCGUAUCAGUCCGUAUCGAUGGUGCCUCCAGCGUACGGUGUGCAGCAGGAGCAGCUUGGUGCCCCCAUCAACGCGGUCCCCUCUUACCUGAUGUCCAAGUGA